AUGGCGUCGCUGGACACAUUCACUCAUUCCAGGGGUCGAGGGGCGUCACCCAACCACCGCGGUAGGCCUCUCUCACGCAACAAGCAAUGGGUCGCCAAUCCGAAUCCGACGAGCGAAGUUCAAGGCAGCUCAAGCGAAAGCUGGGAACGGGGAGGACAUCAUGGUGGUCGAGGACGUGGUCGAGGACGAGGGAGGGUCUCACCGCGAGGACGAGGACGAGGAACGUUCCCUAACGCUACUCUGCGCAACACCAAUAUCCGCAAGUCAACGUCCAAGUCACCUCCAAAACGGAACGAACAACUUGCUCCCGCAUCCAUCGACCCAGCGACCGGAUUCCAUGGGCUACCUAUCAUCUUCGAGCCCGAAUUCUCCACCAAAGAAGAGCUGGAAAACUACUACCAAGAGCUCGUCGUCGCCCGUGAGCAAGAACGGAAACGGGCAAUUGCAGAAGGCAAAAUGGACGACCCGCUUGUGCAAAAGCGUCUCGAGGAUGCCAUUACUCUUGUUGGAACCUGUCCAGAUAUGUGUCCCAGGUUUGAGCGAUAUCGUCGCGAAAGAGAAAGCAAUUUGGCUGAAUGGGAAACGAUUCCUGGAACCAAGCGAAUAGAUCACCAACGGGCAGUCAAGAUGUAUGAACGCGGCGCGGGCGACAAGUCUCUCCCGUCGGAUGUGCGUCCCCCGCACGUUCUCAAGAAAACCCUCGACUACCUAUUUCAAGAUCUUCUACCCCGAGGGGGACUUGAGCGAACAGCCUACUUCAUUCGAGAUCGGUCCCGUGCAGUUCGAAACGACUUUUCGUUGCAACACCUUACAGGGCCCGAGGCCAUUGAGGCCCACGACCGCUGUGUUCGGUUUCAUAUAUUGGUCAUUCACUUCCAACGAAACGCCAAGGGCUUUUCAAUGCAGCUGGAGGAACAACAGCUGAUGAACUCUCUUCAAAGUUUGAAGGAGUUCUACGAAGAUCAAAGGGGAAAGUACCAGUCGCCAACGGAGUUAGAAAUGCGAGUGUACCACCGCCUCAUUCACAUGCGCGAUCAGGUAGAACGUCCUGAGAACAUCCCCGACCACAUAAAACAACAUCCUGUCUUCAAAUACGUCACACAGUUCCGACGACAUGUGCAGAAGAAGAGUGAACCUAUCACAAAGAAAAGCCCUCUCAUUGUUGACGACAAAGCUAUGGACAUCUUCCGGCAAUUGGUAGAAGUUCUGCGCGGAGAAGGGAACACAGUGAUGAUCUACCUUGUCGCGUGCAUUCUGGAAUGGUUGUUUGGCCCAGAGACGAUCGACGAUAUUGAAAGCAUUCGUGGCGAUUUGUCCCUGUCCGACAUCAUCGACGGCAAAUCCCAAACCGCAGAGAUCCAGGAGGUCACAUCGGAUGUCGACUUUGAUUCACAAAUGGAGGACUACACGCAGGACGAAGAACAAGAAGCUGAUGUGGAACCAGCGCCUCUGCUCUUCCCCAAUGUCCCGACCUCUGCACCUGCUCCAAGUCAACCACAGCCAUCUGUUUUUGGCUCUUCCUUUACUGUACCCCCUUCAAACCAGCCCAUUGCUCCUCCACCGAUUCCGUCCCAACAGAAUGCCUUUGCUUCUCUAGUUGCUCAGCCAAACGUUUUUGGUACAACCUUUGGUGCACCGGCGCCGAAAAGUGCAUUCCCUGCCGUUCCAUCUGUUUUCGGUAGUCUGCAGUCCUCGACCCAAUCCACCUCUGCUUCGACCACCUCUCGAUCGGCACCAACACCUUCGGUUUUCGGCGGCAGCGUGUUCUCGACGUCAAAGCCGGCAGUGGUGGAAACAGCACUAAAGGCAUCCGCGCCCAGCAACCCAACACCACCGGCUUCAGUGUUUUCCUCGACCUCACCCUUUGCACAACCCCCGCCAUAUGGUGAGCCUUUGCCGAACGUGGUAUUCCCGUCUGUGGCAUCGCCUGCACCCAUUUCCCCGCAACCACCGCCUUUGCCACAAGCGCCACCAGUAGCCACGGCCACAAAUGAAGCGUCUUCAACAACAAAGCCUUUGCCUCCUUCGUCACCAUCCACCUUCCUUAACCCAAAGGCGACGCCUUUCCAACCGGGACUAUUUAAUAAGCAACCACGACCAAAGUCCCCUACCACCGCCCCUGCAGAACCACAGGAGAGUGUCACAUCGAUUGCAGCAACGGCGCCUGCCGUUACCCGUGCCAACCUCUCCAGUUCUUCAUCUAGGACAGCGACGCCUCCACCACUGAAGAUCGACGUGGACUUAAAAACACCCGCCCCACCACCAACCCAACCAGCGCUUAGUUCUCCCAUCCAUCCCCCACCUCCGCCGAAGUUUCAGCCGAUCUCACUACCCUCCACCCCAACAUCCGGUGCCCCUCCCAGCGCGGUUCCCUUGCACCUCAAAGGACAUCUCUCCACGCCUUUUGCAUCAGGGCCCAGUUCGAAUACGGGUCCUUUGAGCCCAUUGUUCGUUCAGCAGUCGUCGCCCUUUGCGCUCUCCACCGCUUCGUCUUCCACUUCGUCGUCUCCACUCUGUUCGUACCCGAUGCCGGGUGCCCCAGUUCUGGCCAGGGGGACCGAUAUUGAGGCCGGGUGGGCGUGUUUGAACGAGAUGGGGAAAGGUAAAGAGAAGGAGAAGGAGAGGGAACCUGAACCGCCUCAGCAACAACAGCAGCCACAACCAAAGCGACCACCUGAACGACGUGAACCUUCAUCCAAAGACCUUGCAGCAAUGGAAGGGCAAGCUCUCUCGUUCGCAAGGCGCAGUCAAGUCGUGAAGUCAGCUUUCCAAGUGUGGUCUCGCAAGAACGCCGAAAAAGCUGCAUAUCUCAGGGCAAUUAAACAGGCCGACGAGUACCAAGAGAGAAUACGGUUGGAGAGGUCGUUAAAUGGGAGUGCGCGGGGUGGUGCCGGUACACCAGAUCGGAAGAGGAGGAUGUCGGAGAGUGUAACUUCGGAGGGUGGUGAUACCUCGAUGUUGUCGGUGUCGCAGUUGGAGAGAAGGGGUGGGCAGAGUCCGCAGAGGAAGCGAGCGAGGAAGAGAAUAUCGAGUGUGUAUCAGGAGCGGAGGACGGACGACGAACUUUUCAAGAGGUUUAAGGAGAACCAUGAAGAUCACCAAAAACGCUGGGCCCCGGGUACAUUCCUCUCCUUGCUCAAGGCAUAUGUCAAGGAGACAGUCCGACUGGAAAAUAUGCCUUCAACGUGGCAGAUAUGGGUAUCCGUUAAUCCUGAAGUGAGCGACGGAACGGCGAUUUGGGUGGAGAGGAAAUUCAAUAUCCCGGAAUCGGGUGAAUGGUUGGAGGAUGUUGCGUUUACGAUACCCGUCACGAAAACCUCAUCUCCGUCGGGCGAAGCGCAUCCGGGACUUGUGGUGUUUGAGUGUACACCCAUCGAGGGCGUCGAUGAUGAGAUUGAGAGGAAGUACCGGGUUUUAGAUGACUGUACGAGGUUGAGGGGGAUUGUGGACAAGUUUCCGAGUGAUCGAUAUUACACUCCAGCGUUGUUGACAUUCUGUUGGACGAGCAACCCCGAUUCGUACUCUGCGCCAGACCUUUUCGAGAUGAUCGACAAACUUGUCAAGGAGGGCCGAAUUAAGAGCCAUGUCUCCAUUCCGAUGAACUCGAAUGACAAGGAUGCGGACGGUCAGUUUAAGGCGGCGUUGGAAAAGCUCGAUAUGGAUCUCGAGGGAGAGCUUGUGAAGCCUUUGAACAUGAAGGGUGUGCUCAAGCACUACCUGCCUACCCUCAAUUCGUUUAUCGACGAGUGGGUAGGGUCGUGUGCGAACGGCGAUCACUUCAACUGGAAGUUAUAUAACCUCGUCGUCCACGCCAUCGUCGAACUUCUGAACACUCUUGGGCAGCAAAUAUCUGUGCUGUGUGGUUUGCAGGCUGACGACUUUGCCCUUCCUGAGUAUGACGAUGGUGCGAUUGAUGAUAGCGAUUCUGCGUACGAGGUGGCCGAGGAAUGGCUUACCAAUAUUUCCUCCAAAAAAGAUGUGUCACAUAUCUUCAAUGACUUGGCUUCACAUCGGAAUAUCGAGCAAGACUUCCCAACUCGAAUCUUCAUGGAGCAUCUUGUUCAACUUUGGACCGAACUCGUAUUCCAAGCUUCGGGCGACCACCCCUCAUCCCUAUCCUCAUCUCUCAACAGCUCUGUUGCUGGCCACCCUGCCACGAUCUACUACGUAUUGGCUGAAGACCUCGAAACAUCAUUCCAAGAAUUCGAAGAAACCUUCCAACCAUGGCGGAUUAAGCUCAGUCAGAGGUUGAAUGUGACUGCGCGGAGAGAACCGAAGAGGAGUCAUUCGAUGGGUAGUAAUACGUCUGCUACUGCUAGUCCCGAACUCAAACGCCCAAGAUUAUCCACUCCUUCGAUCAAUGGCGAUUAUUCACCAUUCUCAAGUCCCAUGCUUAAUGGGAACGGCAAUGCCAGUCUGAACUCGGGAUCCAUUGGAGUAGAGGAACCCUCUCCUUCACCGAGUUUGGUUUCUUUGCCGCUUUCUGAGCGGACGGAGUCUGUAUCUGGUCAAUCCCAUGGACAGGUGCAGAAACCUAAGUAUACAGCUGCGUCCCUCAGGGCACUUACGGAGGAUAUGAGGAGGAAGUUUAUGCGGACCCGUUAA